AUGGAUUUUGUGAGCCCAGUCUUGGAUAUUGCCUCUCGCUUGUGGGAUUGUACUGCCAUGCGUGCUGUUUACAUUCGUGAGCUCCCAGAAAAUCUCAACUCUCUAAGAACUGCAAUGGAGGACCUCAAGAACGUCUAUGAAGAUGUGAAGGAAAAGGUGGACCGUGAAGAGAAACUUCAGAAGAAACGUACUCAUGGAGUGGAUGGCUGGAUCCAGAGUGUAGAAGCCAUGGAAAAAGAAGUGAAUGAUUUAUUGGCAAAAGGUGAUGAAGAAAUCCAGAAGGAAUGUCUCGGAACAUGUUGUCCCAAAAACUGCCGUGCCAGCUACAAGAUUGUGAAGAUGGUACGUGGAAAGAUGGAUGAUGUGGCUUUAAAGAAGACGGAGGGCUUAAAUUUCAGUGUGGUGGCUGAACCUCUGCCCAGUCCUCCCGUGAUCGAGAGGCCUUUGGACAAGACGGUGGGCUUAGAUUCAUUGUUUGACCACGUUUGUAUGCAACUCCAGGAUGACAAAGUAGGAAGUGUCGGUUUAUAUGGCAUGGGGGGUGUGGGCAAAACCACCCUCUUGACCAGGAUCAACAAUGAGUUCCUCAAAACAAGGGUUGUGUUUGAUGCAGUGAUUUGGGUGACUGCGUCCAGACAAGCCAAUGUGGAAAAGGUCCAGCAAGUUCUUUUCAAUAAAUUGGAGAUUCCCAAAGAUAAAUGGGAAGGUAGUAGUGAGGAUGAAAGGAAAGAAGCAAUAUUCAAUGUCUUGAAGACGAAGAAAUUUGUCCUCCUAUUGGAUGAUAUAUGGGAGCCUCUUGAUCUCUUUGCAGUGGGGAUUCCUCCUGUAAAUGAUGGAAGCACGUCCAAGGUGGUAUUUACUACCCGAUUUUCAACUGUGUGCCAUGAUAUGGGAGCUAAGAAGGGCAUUAAAGUGAAGUGCUUAGCAUGGGAGGAAGCAUUUGCUCUGUUUCAGACAUAUGUAGGAGAAGACACUAUAAAUUCUCAUCCCCAUAUACCAAAGUUGGCGGAGAUUGUUGUCAAAGAGUGUGACGGCCUCCCACUUGCCCUCAUCACCAUAGGACGAGCAAUGGCAGGAGCAAAAACACCUGAGGAAUGGGAGAAAAAAAUACAAAUGUUGAAGAAUCAUCCAGCAAAGUUUCCAGGUAUGGAGAAUCAUUUGUUUUCAUGCUUGUCAUUCAGUUAUGAUAGCCUACAGGACGAAGCAGUCAAAUCAUGUUUCCUGUAUUGCUCUUUAUUUCCGGAGGACUAUGAAAUCAAUUGUAAUGACCUUGUACAACUAUGGAUCGGAGAGGGUUUGUUAGAUGAAUACGGUGACAUAAAAGAAGCAAAAAAUAGAGGAGAAGAAAUUAUUGCCAGUUUAAAGCAUGCAUGCCUAUUGGAGAGUGUUGGUAGGGAAGAUAGAUGGUCCCCAGCAACAUACGUGAAGAUGCAUGAUGUCAUCCGUGAUAUGACUUUGUGGUUAGCUCGUCAAAAUGAGAGUAAGAAGCAAAACAAAUUUGUGGUUAUAGAUAAAGGCGAAUUGGUUAAGGCCCAUGAAUCAUUUCCAAGGGGGUUCUUCACAUAUAUGCCUAUUAUAACAGUUUUGGACUUGUCAUACCUUGAUAAAUUAAUUGAUUUGCCCAUGGAAAUUGGCAAAUUAUUUACUUUACAAUAUCUUAAUUUGUCUUAUACAAGGAUAAAAAAGAUACCAAUGGAGCUCAGGAAUUUGACAAAACUGAGGUGUUUGAUAUUAGAUGGUAUAUUCAAACUUGAAAUUCCAUCUCAAACCAUUUCAGGUCUUCCAUCCUUGCAGUUGUUCAGUAUGAUGCAUUUUAUAGAUACACGCAGAGAUUGUAGAUUCUUAUUAGAGGAGUUAGAGGGGUUGAAAUGCAUUGAACAAAUAUCCAUUAGUCUUGGUAGUGUUCCUUCCAUCCUAAAAUUAUUGAACUCCCAUGAGUUACAAAGGUGCGUGAGACACUUAACUCUACAAUGGUGCGAGGAUAUGAACUUACUCCACCUAUUACUUCCUUAUCUAGAGAAGUUUAAUGCAAAGGCUUGUUCAAAUUUGGAAGAUGUGACAAUCAAUUUGGAGAAGGAAGUGGUCCACUCAACAUUCCCAAGGCAUCAGUACUUGUACCACCUUUCUGAAGUAAAAAUAGUAUCGUGUAAAAAUUUGAUGAAAUUGACAUGUCUUAUUUAUGCUCCAAAUCUUAAGUUUCUAUGGAUUGACAACUGUGGCUCUUUGGAAGAAGUGAUAGAAGUUGACCAGUGUGAUGUUUCAAAAAUUGAAUCCGACUUCGGCCUAUUUUCAAGACUUGUUCUUCUCUAUUUGUUGGGUCUACCAAAGUUAAGGAGUAUAUGCAGAUGGAGCUUGCUCUUUCCUUCCUUAAAAGUGAUGUGUGUUGUCCAAUGUCCAAAUUUAAGGAAACUGUCUUUUGAUUCCAAUAUCGGGAUUAGUAAGAAUGUAGAGGAAAUCGGUGGAAAACAAGAAUGGUGGGAUGAUUUGGAGUGGGAGGACCAAACAAUUAAACACAACCUCACUCCAUAUUUCAAGCCUCUAUAG